GAAGGAGAUACGAUUUUUUAAACUGGGAGGGAUUUCCCAUGCGCGCCUCACUGGAUGUCAUUUAGGCUAGACGUAAAGAUGGCAGCCGACGAUGGACGGCACAAAUCGCAACCAGGGCUGUCGAAAAAUGUUAAACAAAUGAAGUUUAUGCAGCGAAAAUUGGACAGGGAUGUAAUAGAGGAAUCAAAGGAACAGGACAGACAGCACAAGAUAGAUGAUGACCAUUGGGUGCUGGACCUGCCGGAGUUGAAACAUAAGAUGAGUAAAUAUGAAAUUGAAGCGAGCUAUGUGAAGUGUGAAGAUCUGAUGUGGGGCAGAAUGUCAUUCAAAGGCAUGGAUCCACUUAUUGAGAAAAUGAUGAAAAAUAAUGAGGCAAAAGAAGAGGAAGAUGAUGAAGAGGAGGUAACAAUUGAUUCAGGAGAAACGAUGAUCACUGAUGAAGAAAUGGCAAAACAGUAUUCAACUCUCGUGGAAACGAUAGGAAAGAAAUUUGGCAAGAAACGCAAUAUGAGCACUAAUUCAUCUUCAACUGAGAAACCAGCCAAGAAAAAAAAGAAAAAAGGUUUCUUGAAGCCAGCCUGCUGAAAUUACCAACCUGCAACAGAGUUUAAAUGGAUGCUAUAUGGAAAAUAUAUUGAACUACAGUAGUAGCUAUAUGGAAAGUAUAUUGAACUACAGUAUAGCUAUAUGGAAAAUAUAUUGAACUACUAGGGCUAGUAGCUGCAUUCAUGGCAUUCCUGCAGCAUCACCUAAAUAGGCAGAUACUGUAUCAACCUGCCUAAUAACAAAACAGAGUUUAAAUACAGGUGGAUUAGCAGUGUCUCAGUGCCAGGCCAGAUCCAGGAAUUUGAAAUAGAGGGCGGCCCAGGGAAAGUCAAGAACACCUUAGUUAGAGUCUUCUCCGCCUCCUCCCCCCACCACACAACUUUCCA